AUGUCGUUUAGGAUAGAUUUUGAAGGCAGCUCGGACAUAGGAGCAUAUGUUUCGCUUACGAACACGUAUUGCAUAGUUGGACGAGGGCGGAGCAGCAACGUGCUUAAGUUUCUGCAUGAGAAUGUGGCUAUGCCGAUAGUUGAGACAAGCAUCAACGGGAUACGGAGUGUUGGGUCGCUGUGCAGAGGGAACAAGCAUGGGCUUGUGGUGCCGAAUACGAUGAGCGACCAAGAGCUUAUGCAUGUGCGCAACUCUCUUCCCGAGAAUGUGGUAGUGAGGCGCAUAGACGAGAGGCUGAAUGCACUUGGCAAUGUGAUUUUGUGCAAUGAUCAUGUGGCAGUCAUACAUGCAGACCUAAAUGCAGAGACUGAAGAGGCAAUCGGAGACGUGCUUCGUGUUCCUGUGUAUCGGCAGAAUAUUGGGCAAGAGCCGCUUGUAGGGACGUUUGGAGUGAUGAACAACCAGGGCAUGCUGGUGCAUCCUGAAACGAGCCAAGAAAGCCUAAAAGAGCUGAGCGAGCUACUUGAGGUGAAUGUGGUUGCAGGAACAGUGAAUGCAGGAGGCCCGUGUGUUGGAGGAGGCCUUGUGGUCAAUGACUGGACAUGCAUUGCCGGGGCAAAGACAACGAAUGUUGAGAUGGCAGUUAUUGAAAGUGUGUUUGAUCUUGUAGGCGAUCUUGAUCUGGAAGCAAGAAGAAGAGCAAUUGUAGAUGCAAUUGUCCGAUAG